GACUGUCUGUUGACAGAAGAAAUCGAUGACGGCCAGUUGCCGAAUUGUGGAAUGCUGUGAGGACUCUACCUGCCCUGCAGCCAUAGGCAGAUCACCGACUGGAUCAGCCCCAUCGGAAGGACGGUCAUAUCCAAGAGAGCUCCCGGUCUUCCACAAUGAACCCUGUUUACAGCCCCGUUCAACCUGGGGCUCCCUAUGGAAAUCCCAAGAACAUGGCGUACACAGGUUAUCCAGCGGGAUAUCCCACAGCUGCCCCAGCCUACAACCCAAACAUGUAUCCAACCAGCAGCCCCGGCUAUGCCCCAGCCACACUUCUGAUGAAGCAGGCCUGGCCGCAGACGUCCUCCUCCUGUGCCACCGAGGGCACCUUCCACCUCCCGGUGGACACUGGGACGGAGAACAGAACUUACCAAGCUUCUUCUGCAGCAUUCAGGUACACCGCGGGGACUCCAUACAAGGUCCCACCGACCCAGAGCAACAACGCGCCUCCGCCCUACUCUCCGUCUCCGAAUCCGUACCAAACGGCCAUGUACCCCAUCAGAAGUGCCUAUCCCCAGCAGAACCUGUACACCCAGGGCGCUUACUACACCCAGCCCGUGUAUGCGGCCCAGCCCCACGUCAUCCAUCACACCACCGUGGUGCAGCCCAACAGCAUCCCGUCGGCCAUCUAUCCGGCGCCCGUCGCCGCGCCCCGGACCAACGGCGUGGCCAUGGGCAUGGUCGCCGGCACCACCAUGGCCAUGUCAGCAGGAACGCUGCUGACCACGCCGCAGCACACGGCCCUCGGAGCCCAUCCCGUGUCGGUGCCCACGUACCGGGCGCAAGGGACCCCUGCCUACAGCUACGUGCCGCCCCACUGGUAGACCUGCUGGCCCGCUCCCAUCCGGCGGCCGUCCUCGGAGGCAGCGACGCGAGUCUGAACGGCGGCGGCUCGGCCGUCGGCCGGAACGAGAGGAAACCGAGACGACGACGGCAGAAGUGCAAGGGUCACUUUAUGCAUUCUUUAGUGGGUUUUGUAAAAGCUGCUUUUUCUAAUCUUCGGCCUCAUUUUUUUUUUUCUCCUCCCCCCGCUUCCCUCUCUCCCUUCCCCGGCCCACGGAAAAUCGUGUAACACAAACGCCGACACUGAGCAAUAGCAAAAGUCUCUCUUUGCUCCUGGCGGUCUCCAGCUCAGCACCUUCACCGCUCCGCCAAGCGCCCCCCGCGCUCCCCAGCUGGGUUCGCUGCGUUACCGGGUGGGUUUUUUUUUUUUUAAAUUAUUUUUUAUCCUUGGUUUUCCCCCGUAUUUUUUUGCCCCCACGGUGGCGGCGGGCGACACGGGGCACGGAGGGGCCGGCUUCUCCCGAG